AUGGAAGAGGAAGGCACUCUAGUACGAGCAGAUAACCUAAAACAUGCCGGAACACCAUCACCGUCAAAAUUCUCGCCGUACAGCCUUUACUUCAAGGGUUUGGUAAGUGAGGAGUCGCCCAAGUUAUCAGCAGAAUUUAGGGUUGCGAUUUGCGGGUACAAGGAUGGUCUGAUGUUUCAGAUGAAGGGACCGAUUCAUGACUCAGCCAUUACACUUUUAGAGGCUGAGCUGAUGGCAUUGAAGUACGGUUUAAGCGAAGCCGUGACUUUGGGGAUCAAUCAUAUCUCAAUCUGCUGCGAUAACAAUCAGAUUUUCGAAUGGGUCAUGGGGAGAUCCACGCCUCAGGAAGAAAACAUUGCCAUGCUAAUCCGUGAUGUGCAAGGCAUCAGAAAACAGUUUACUUCUAGCAUCGCUGUUCUGAUAGAUGUGCCUGCUCUGUUUCAUCCGAAAAAGACUUGCACUAUCUGUUUCGACGAUGACAUCAAUGCUGAUAUGAUGUUUUAUAUUGAUCAAUGUGGUCAUAUGUUUUGUUCCGAAUGUGUGAAACGACAUAUUGAGGUGAGUCUACUUCAGGGAAGUUUGAUAACAUGUCCUAGUUAUAGGUGCAAAUCUAAGCUGACUUAUGGAAGUUGUGUUAAUAUUUUGACACCUAAAGUAAAAGAGAUGUGGAUACAAAGGAUGGGAGAGGAUUCGAUUCCUGUAACGGAUAGAGUUUAUUGCCCAAACCCGACGUGCUCAGCUUUAAUGUCAGUAACCGAGCUCGAUCAACUCACAGGAAGUAAGAGAUGCUGUGUCAAAUGCGGUGAAUCCUUUUGCAUCAAGUGCAAAGUUCCGUGGCAUGAUAACUUGUCGUGCAAACGUUACAAAAAGUUGCAUUCAAAUCGUACAACAAACGAUAAACAGCUUAACGAACUAGCAAAUCAGGAAAGUUGGCGUCAAUGCAGCAAGUGUAAACAUAUGAUUGAACUUACUCAAGGAUGCGUCCGCGUAAUUUGCAGAUGUGGACAUGAGUUUUGCUAUGGAUGUGGAGCUGAUGCUGGAUGUUGCUCUCAUGGUCAUGUACCGUAUUUUUCAGUUGAACGUCGAGAGCCAGAAGUCCAAGCACUAGUGUUAAUCGGUGUUGUUGUUGUUACUAUGAUAUUCUUCUUUAGAUAG